CAGUCAUCAACAGCAAGAGCUGUGCUGCGGUGAGCAUGGCGCUUUGGUAGAUCUUUCCUUUUACGGCUCAUAUUCGUGUCACAGUAAAACAGGCCACGGUGACGGUCUGAGCGUGGAAUAUUGAAGGAAUCGAAUCUUCUCCUGUAGUCUAUCUGAUCUCAAAAGGCCUGUGAAUGAGAGGAAUACACAGCAGAAACAAACCUGAUAGAUAAAACAGACAGUUAACUCAAGGCAACAUCAUUCCCACAACCCUCUGUCCUUUUCACCAAGAAGAAUGCAGCAGACAUGGUUCAUGGUGAUUGCUAUUCUUUGUUGCUUGGGACCGAAUGACACACUGGGUAUUUGGCAGUCUUGCCAACCACAGCCUACUUGUUCAAAAUGUUUGAGAAGUCCUGGCUGCGCAUGGUGUAAACAGAAGGUCUUCCUCAAGUCUGGAGAGUCAAAUGAACGGCGAUGUGAUUCGCCCGAGUCACUGAGAAGCAGGAAAUGUGAAAAUGUGAUCAACCCUAAAUCAGAGAUGGAGUUCCGGAUGGACAAACCGCUGAGCAGUGAAAAAGACGAUGUGAUCCAGCUGAAGCCUCAGUCCAUUGAGGUCAAACUGCGGAUAGGUCAGCCUGAAGAGUUUAAAGUGUUAUUCCAGCGGGCUGAGGGCUACCCAAUAGACCUGUAUUACCUGAUGGACCUCAGCUUCUCCAUGAAGGAUGAUCUGGACAAAAUCAAGAACUUGGGACAGGACAUCCUCACCACUCUACAUUCUUUCACCUCAGACAGGCACAUAGGGUUUGGCUCAUUUGUGGAUAAGGUGGCACUGCCGUACGUGAGCCAGCAGCGCUCCCGACUGGCCAACCCAUGUCCCAGUCGCAUGGAAAAGUGUCAGCCAGCCUUUAGCUUCCGGAACAUUCUCCCUCUGACCAACCAGGCCAAGAGGUUCAAGGAGGAGGUUAGCAAGCAGAACAUCUCCGGUAACCUGGACUCGCCAGAGGCUGGGCUGGACGCCAUCAUGCAGGCUGCCGUCUGCCGGAAUGAGAUUGGAUGGAGAAACGUCACCAGCAUUCUGGUCUACACGUCCGAUGACACCUUCCACAUGGCGGGAGAUGGACGACUGGCUGGAAUCUACCGCCCCCAUGAUGGGCAGUGCCACCUGGAUAGCAAGUCUGCCUAUGAGGGCACGCUCCAGGAUUAUCCUUCUAUAGGUCAUCUCUCGACGGUUCUUCAGAGUAACAAUAUGCAGCUCAUCUUUGCUGUGACUGAGGAAAUCUACCCAGCAUACAAGGCACUGAGUGAGCUGAUCCCUCACUCCGUAGUGGGGGUGCUAAAGAACGACUCCAGUAAUGUGGUGGAGCUCAUCUCAGAUGCAUAUAGAAAUCUGUCCGCCUCCAUAGUGUUUGAGCAUGAGCAGGCUCCUGCAGGCCUGUCCAUCUCCUACCGGUCAUCCUGUGAAGGAGGGAAAGAGAGCAACUGGAGCACCCGGGGGGAGUGCAAUGGGAUCAAACUGAACCAGCAGGUGGAGUUCACCGUGCGUUUGAAUGCCACAGACUGCCUAACAAAGAAUGCCCCGAUAAACAUCAAAGUGCAGGGCAUUAAUGCCGUCCUCACUGUCUAUGUGGAGACCAUCUGUGACUGUGACUGCGAGGACCGCCAAGAGAACUCCUCUCACUGCAACUACAACGGAACGUUUCACUGUGGAAUGUGCAGCUGUGAUGAUAAGCAUCUUGGCCAGAUGUGUGAGUGCCAGCUGAGCGAUGACUUUGACUCCAUAAAGGCCAUGUCUGCGCUCUGUCGCCAGACCAACAACUCGGACAUAUGCAACGGCAAUGGGCACUGCGAGUGUGGGAAAUGUGCCUGCCAUAACCAGUACCGUGGCCUGUUCUGUGAAUGUGACGACAACAGCUGUCCCCAGGCCAACAACAAAAUGUGCAAUGGGAAGGGAUCGUGUAGCUGUGGCACAUGUAUGUGUAAUGUCGGAUACAGUGGUGAAAAGUGUCACUGUCCUCCUGAGAAAGAACGGGACUGUUGGAAAGAGGGCGGCACGACAUGCAGUGGACAUGGCCAGUGUCCUUGUGACCACUGCAUCUGCAAAAAGGGAAUGACUGGGAAGUACUGUCACAAGGUCGAAGAACCAUGUAGCACAAGAUAUCAGAACUGCACACUGUGUGCAGUACAUGACUCAAAAUACCCAGGAGUGAACUGUGAUAAGGCCUGCUCUGGUCUGACUCCAGUUAAGAUGGAGGGCCCACAGGAAUAUGACUGUGUUCUCGAGGGAUUCACCUUCUAUAUUGAAGUAACAGAUGAUGGAAACAUCAAGAUAUACCACGCAGACCUGCCCAGUAAGAGCCACAACACCAUUUUUGGGUCUGUUGAUAAGACCUCGGUCAUCAUCGGGAGUUCCGUAACAGGCAUCGUGGUGAUCGGUAUUGUGAUAAUCAUCGUGUACCGGCUACUGGUCGAGCUGUACGACCUGCGAGAAUACCGCAGUUUUCUGCGUGCCCAGGAGCAGACUGACUGGAAACAUACCCAAAAUCCGCUCUUCCAGGGAGCGACGACCACUGUUAUGAACCCACUGCACGAUGGGGUGGAGUAAAGAGGACUUGCAUGCCCUCAUGUUCAAAGAAGGACCUGUUCUCACUUCAAGUGAGGUUUUAUAUAGAAAUGUAUUACUGCUUAAAAAAACAACUUAUUGAUGUUCUCAAAAAGUUAAGUUUUGUGUGGUACAAAAACACAUUUAGACAUGAUCAUUGUGAUAAACAUAUUUUGUGUGCAUGGUAUUGGAAUGUAUAAAUGUAUGUUUAUUUGUAAUUGUAUAUCCCAUGUUUUCAUUUUAAAGGAGGUGUAAUACUUUGAAUGUUUAAACUGUAAUCUAUUUCAUUUGUUUUUUAUUUAUAUAUGGACAAAACAUAGGUUUAUUGUUGCAAUAAAUGUUGAAAUGGUUAGUCAAUGAUAGCAUUUUUGCACCAUACACUCCUAGUAAAUUGGAAUUGACAGCA